AUGGGGAAGCUGGCGCCCGAGCACUCCUCGCCGCAGCAGCUGGAGGAGGUCCGUGCCGCCACCGCCAAGGAGGUCGCCAUCUUGCGCCAGCUCGCCGGGCACCCCCACAUCAUCACCCUCAUCGAUUCCUACGAGUCGGCCACCUUCGUGUUCCUCGUGUUUGACCUGAUGCGGCGAGGGGAGCUCUUCGACUACCUGACCGAGAAGGUGACCCUCAGCGAAAAGGAGGCCAGGGGCAUCAUGCGGGCGCUGCUGGAGGCCGUGAGCUACCUGCACGCCCAGGGCAUCGUGCACCGCGACCUGAAGCCUGAGAACAUCCUGCUGGACGAGGAGCUGCGCGUGCGCCUCUCCGACUUCGGCUUCUCCUGCCACCUCCCGCCCGGGCAGCGCCUGCGGGAGCUGUGUGGGACCCCCGGGUACCUGGCCCCUGAGAUCCUCAAGUGCUCCAUGGACGAGACCCACCUGGGCUACGGGCACGAGGUUGACCUGUGGGCAUGUGGCGUGAUCUUCUACACGCUGCUGGCCGGGUCGCCGCCCUUCUGGCACCGCAAGCAGCUGCUGAUGCUGCGCAUGAUCAUGGAGGGGCGCUACGUCUUUGGCUCCCCUGAGUGGGAUGACCGCUCCGAAACCGUCAAGGACCUGGUCUCGACGCUGCUCCGGUGGGACCCGUCGGAGCGGCUGACGGCGGAGCAGGCCCUGCGCCACCCCUUCUUCCAGCGCUGCGAGGGCCGCGAGGCUCUCAGCCCCUUCCGCCGCUUCCGGGUGAGCCUCGGUGCCCCCCGCGCUCCCCGGGCCAGUGGGCUCUCCCAUGGGGCUCCCUCUCCCUGGGUAAUAGACUCUCCCAUUGCCUUCCGCCUCUACGGCCACUGGGUACAGCGCGGCGAGCACCAGAGCCGGGCCGCCCUCUUCGAGACCCGCCCCAAGGCCCUGACCCUUGCACCCACGCCCCCCAGCCCCCCUGCCGUGGUCACCACCACGGGCCUGGGGCCACGUUAGACCCCUGCCAGGGUAAUGGGCUUUCCCGUGCAUCGCCCCCUGCUCCUUGGAGCAGUGGGCUCUCCCAUGCCCACUUCACUAGGCCAGUGGACCCUCCUAUGGGACUUCCCCACUCUGCAUUAGACCAAUGGACUCUCCUGGGGGUUCUUCCCCCCGCCACACUGGACUUAUGGACUCUCCCAUGUGUUCUCUCCCCUGGGUCAAUCAAUUCUCCCACAUGCCCUCUCUACUCAUUAGUCCAAUAGGCUCUCCCAUGGGUCCCCCCCCACUGGGGCCAAUGGACUCUUUCCAUGGGUACCUCCCCCCCUCAUUGAACUAAUGGACUCUCCCACGUCUUCCCCCUCCCCUGUGCCAACAGACUCUCCCAUAUGUCUUCUCUACUCAUCAGACCAAUAGGCUCUCCCAUGGGUCCCCCCGCACUGGGGCAAUGGACUCUCCCAUGUGUCCUGUCAUUAGACCAACAGACACCUGUGUCCACGCCCCCCAACUUGGGCAAUGGACUCUCCUGUGGCCCCCUGCAGUAGGGGGAGGGGGGCAGCUGGAAUCUCCCCCGGGGCAUUGGGGCGGGGCGGCACUCUGCUGUGCUGAUUGUACCUGCUCCCCUCUCCCUACUCCUCAUUGGACUGAUGGACUCUCCCAUACUCCCUCCCCCCCGACUUUAGACCAAUGGUUUUUCCUUUGGCUCCCCUCUUGGGCUAGUGGACUCUCCCAUGGAUCCUUCCCCGCCUUAUUACACCAAUGGACUCUCCUGUGGGUCCCCCCAUCACUGGGCCAAUGGACUCUCCCACAUGUCCUCUCUACUCAAGACAGAGGGACUCUCCCAUAAAUCACACACACACACACACACACACACUGGGACAAUGGACUCUCCCAUGGAUUGUCCCUACCCCUCUUUGGACCAAUGGACUCUCCUGUACCCUCCCUUUAGAACAAUGGACUCUCCCGUGCCCCCCACUGGGGCAGUGAGCUCUCCCGUGCCCCGCCCCCCAACCAAUAGGAGGGAGUGAGGGCAGGUGGACUCUCCCAUGGGGCAUUGCUGGAGGGGGGAGGUUCUGCUAAGCUGCUAAUAAACAUGCCUCUACCCCA